AUGAUUGAUAUAGAUCAAAUAUUCCUAUUCUUAAAGUAUUCUGAACCAAGAUUGAUCAGUUUAAAUUUGAUAUUCCUUACAACAAUCUAUCAGAUGGUUGAUCUCAAAUACAACUAUCGUAUAGCAAAAAUCAACUCUAAAUUCGUGUUAUUAGUCUCUCAACUAGUAUUUUAACAUAUCCAAGAAAACAACCCUCAUCUUUUUACAAUGAAUACUUGCCUAAAUAUACAUUCAUCUUGCCUAUUACACACAAUAGACAAUAUAUAUCUCUAUGACUCAAUUUUUGCUUUAUAUUUGACUGUAGAUUCUGUUUAUAAACCUAAAUAUAUGAUAUUUUAUACUUUACUUACAUCAACUUUAUACAUUUAGACUAAAGCCUGUGUUUCUAUUCCUCUCACUUGUGCAUCAAUCCUUGAUGUAGAUCUCUGUACAACUGUUAAAGAUUACAAUUUUAAUAACAUUUGUUAAUUGAGUUAGACCACUUCUGGUUGUGAAAACAUACCUCAUACACAAAUUCCUUGCGAUUAAUACUAUAAUGAAUACUCAUGCAAACAUUAAGCUUAUAAAUGUAUGUGGGAUGGAUUCGAAGUUGGACAUUCAUUUUACUCAGAAAUAAGUGAGUCAGAGAAUACUGAUGGAAAAUGCAUUGAUUUUACAUGUUAAUAUUUUAAUAACCGUAUUUCAUGUGGACCAUAUGCUGAUGUAUCAUGUGAUUGGUAAAAUGAUGAGUGCGUUGAAGUUACAAAAUGUGAAGAUUUCAAAACUAUAAGUGGGUGCAUAAAGUCUAGAUUACAAUAUAAAUGUGCAGCACUUGUUGAUGGGAAGGUUGUUGAUUAAUCUAAGAGAGUAGUGCCUGAUGAGAUAAAUUUAUAGUGUUUAAUAGAAGAUUGCAAACAUAAAUUAAAAAUGGCUGAUUGCAAAUUUGUUAAUGGGGUUCAAUGUAUUUGGAGAAAUAAUGCAUGUUCCAAAUGCUCAGAUUAUCUUACUUAUGACUCUUGUGUAAAAAAUUAAGGCUAAUGUUAUUGGAAAAUGAAUUAAUGUAAAAAUAUUGAAUGCUAAUUGCUGAGCAAUCCUACUAUGUGCAAUAUAAAGAAAGAGUAGUGCAGAUGGAACUAAUAAAAAUUUGAAUGUGAAUUGAAUUUGGAAAAAGCUGAUUCGCAUUGUUAUGAGGAAUACAGUUCGACCUAAAGCAAGGCAUUUAAGAAGAAUAUAAUUUAUUAAUGA